AUGGGCUGGAAGCUCGCCAGCAGGCCGGACCUCCAAGACCUCAUCAUUCCGAAAGACUUUGCUGUUGGCUACCGGAGGCCUACUCCUGGAAAUGGCGAUCUUGAUGCGCUCUGCGAAUACAACGAGGCCGUCAACGACUUUGCCGCGCAUCAAAACAAGUUCCUGCCGCUGACGUUCUUCAAGACCAUCGCCACGCCGCUCUGGGAGGACUACGACCUCAAGCACACGACAAGCAACCGGUUCGGAUACUGGAGCAACGAAUUUGCGCAACGCGAGCAGAACGUUGGGGAUUCGGCCUGGUAUCUUGGACUGCUUGACGGUGUUGAUGAGCAGCCUGCGCUGCCGUACAAGGAUUUUGAAGAGGUUCUUUUCCAUAAAUAG